AUGCCCAUGCACCCCGUCACUUCCACUUUGAUGUACCGAGGGAUCUGCACCAUCCCGGACAUCCUCUCGUACGGGACACCGGUCAACCUACCUGAAGAUGAAGUGGAGGACACUCAUAUUUACUCUUCUUUUUUUUUUUUUUUUGUCUCUGUGCUUUUUGUCUCCUCAGAGAUUCGGGAAGCGUUUAAGGUGUUUGAUCGUGAUGGGAACGGCUUUAUCUCUAAGCAGGAGCUGGGCAUGGCCAUGCGCUCUCUGGGGUAUAUGCCCAACGAGGUGGAACUGGAGGUCAUCAUCCAGAGACUGGACAUGGACGGAGACGGCCAAGUGGACUUUGAGGAGUUUGUGACACUCCUGGGGCCAAAGAUCUCCACGGCCGGGAUGCCUGACAAGUUCAACGGCACAGAUUUCGACUCCGUGUUCUGGAAGUGCGACAUGCAGAAGCUCACCGUGGACGAGCUGAAGCGUCUCCUUUACGAGACGUUCUGCGAUCACCUGACCAUGAAAGACAUCGAGACCAUCAUCAUGACGGAGGAGAACCACAUCGAGAACCCCGAGGACUGCCAAGUGGAUAUCGACUCGGAGAGUCCGACACAGCAGGUGAAACAGACGUGCGUAAGGAAGAGUCUGAUCUGCGCCUUUGCCAUCGCUUUCAUCAUCAGUGUUAUGCUCAUCGCGGCCAAUCAGGUGCUCCGCAGUGGCAUGAAAUAA